AACGCAGAGAGCUGGGCCACCUCGGGACCUGGUGUGGAUCCGAGAGGCUUCAGAUCAGUCUCUGAGGGAAGGUGGGUCCCUGGGACGGGCUGAGCUAAUCUUAGAAGCAUGUGCCAAGCGAUGCCAUCUCAGGGAUGCAAUUAAGGCUCAGCUGUGUUGAUGAGGAACCUGUGAGGAGUCACCGCAGUGGCUGAGGAGGUGCUGCUCUCUCCUCCCAGGUUCUCCACUGUGCCCAGCUGCUCCGCCCCCACAUUUCCACAGUUGGCCCCAGUCCCUCUGCCAUCAGAGGGGCCCAGCCACCAUGAGGAACACAGCAGUAGAGGAAUCGCUCUUCCAAAUCAUCCACAGCUACCACCAGUAUGUGGCCCGGGAGGGGGACCUGGAGACCCUGUCCCUGGAGGAGCUGAAGGCCCUGCUCAUGGACAACGUGCCCGGCUUCAUGGACAGCCUGGGCCGGAAGGAGCCGUACUUCGUCGCCGAGCUGUUCCGGGAGGCGGACAAGGACAAGGACAACCAGAUCUGCUUUGACGAGUUCCUGCACAUCCUGGGCAGGCUGCUGAGGGACUACCACCUGCAGUACCACCGGCAGCUGUGCGCCCACUACUGCACGCAGCACGGCCUCUACUGACGGAGCAGGGCCGCCUCCCCACAGGGGCCUGCCCGGGAGCCGUGACCCAGCGCUGGGCGGCGGGGUGGAGCUGGGCCACGUGUGUCUGUGUGUUCCCGAUGUGUGUGCACAAGCAUGUGCAUGUCUGUGGGAAGGACACCUGGGAGGGAAGAGAAUAAAGCAACUUCACAGCA